GUUUGAGAGGGGGGCUGGUGCUCAUAGCCGGCUGUUUGUCUUAGUUUGGACUCCCGCGUCCCCUUUGAUGCGCCAGCCCCACUCCCAGCGCCAUCUCUCAAGUGCAGAGUAGCAGCCGACGGGCGCAUUCGGGCGCAGGCACCGCCUUCAACAGCGACGUUACCCGUUCGCUGUGAUAUAUUUCUUUUACGGAUCGGAAAACGGUGCGGGAUCGCGGUUUUCCUGCCACUGUGAGCGGGGGCGGGAGCAGAUUGGUAGCUGGAUCGGCGGGGUGGAGCGCAUGCGUGGGAAGCGUUGAGGAACACGGACGGAGAGGAUUUGUCUGCGGUGAGAAGCAGUCGGAAGCUUGUGUAGGUGGUCGACGGGAGUAGCGUUGGAGAGCGGUGACGGAGGAGCGCGGAGGAGAGCGGAUCGGUUAGGGUUUGGUGCCAGGGGGGAGGGCAGAGGUUGGGACAAUGCCGUCAUAUGCAGAUGUAGACCGGCAGAUAGAGCAGCUGUCGGAGUGCAAGCCGUUGUCGGAGUUGGAGGUGAAGAACCUAUGUGAUCAAGCUCGGACGAUCUUGGUGGAGGAGUGGAACGUGCAGCCCGUGAAGUGUCCUGUCACGGUUUGCGGUGACAUCCAUGGCCAGUUUCAUGAUCUCAUCGAGCUUUUCCGCAUAGGAGGCAGGGCGCCCGACACGAACUACUUGUUCAUGGGCGACUAUGUGGAUCGUGGAUAUUAUUCUGUCGAGACUGUGUCGCUCUUAGUGGCCCUGAAGGUGCGGUAUAGGGAUAGGAUCACAAUCUUGCGAGGGAACCACGAGAGCAGGCAGAUUACGCAAGUAUAUGGUUUCUAUGAUGAAUGCCUGCGGAAGUAUGGAAAUGCGAAUGUUUGGAAGUACUUCACGGAUCUGUUCGACUACCUGCCUCUGACAGCUCUCAUUGAGCACGAGAUUUUUUGUCUUCAUGGUGGUCUGUCUCCAUCGCUCGACACAUUAGAUCACAUCCGAGCCCUAGAUCGUAUUCAAGAAGUGCCGCACGAGGGCCCGAUGUGUGAUCUACUCUGGUCUGAUCCAGAUGAUCGUUGUGGAUGGGGUAUUUCACCACGAGGUGCCGGUUAUACUUUUGGUCAAGAUAUUGCAGAGCAGUUCAAUCAUACCAAUGGUCUAAGUUUGGUUGCACGUGCUCACCAGCUUGUGAUGGAAGGAUACAAUUGGUGCCAGGAUAAAAAUGUUGUCACAGUUUUCAGUGCCCCCAAUUACUGUUACCGCUGUGGGAACAUGGCCGCCAUAAUGGAGAUAGAUGAAACAAUGAAUCGGUCUUUUCUUCAGUUCGAACCAGCACCGCGGCAAAGUGAACCAGAUGUGACGCGGAAGACUCCUGAUUACUUUCUGUAAACAUGGCCUAUACAUGGUACCUUUUACUUACUGAAUUGUUCUGUAUAGUCACCUUCCAUGGAAGCAGUUUGCCCCUGAAUGAAGAUACUCCCUCAUGAUCUAGUAGUAUGAAGUUAUCUUCUUUGAAGUGUUUGUUCCCUUUUUUAGUACUUGCUCCUCUGUUCAUUCAUAAAGUUGCCUUCAGAACAACUGAGAUGUUGUGAAUGUAACUGCGACAAGAGGAGCAGUGUCAAUGGUUGCAAGGGUUAUAGUGAUUAGGGAAAGAAGGUAGCACAUGUUACUUCAAAUCGAUCAGAGACUUCUAUGGAAAAGAUGACGAUGGUGGAAACAACGUUCAUCUCCACACCUACUGUAUAUGGCAUGCUCUUUGAGAGCCCAGAUUGUUUCACUUUGGUGUCCGAGUU